AUGGUAAAGAGAACAACAACAAUAACUACAACAACUUCAGAGCCAUCACCAAUGGUGAAGAAACAAACAGUGUACAGUAGUUAUGACACAGCAGCAAUUGAAACUUGGGUCAAAUGUGGUGAAUGUGCCAACACUCUUGGUCUUACAGAAGCAGCAAUAAAGUCGUUUGAACAUGCCGUACAUCGAGAUCCAUCCAAUAUCACUGCUUUGUGUGGCCUAAGCUUGUCACUUCGAGUCAAUGAUAUUACUCAAAAUGAAACUUUUGGAUCUCAAUCAGCUAUCGAGAAAUUGAAUGCUUCAAUUGAAAUGUUUCCCAAUCUUUUAAAGAAUCUGAAUAUUUUCAAAGAGUUGUCGGAAUGUUACCUUCUUAUUGGAUUAAAUGAACAAGCACAUCAAGCUAUUCAAUCAGCUAUACAGUUAUCUCCUCAAGAUGCUUCAUUAUGGCUUCUUAGUGCUCAAACCUUAAUUAGAGCAGGAGCAAGAAGUCACGCUGCAAGUUCACUAUCUCAUUGUUUAUCGUUAUUACCAGCAAAUGAACCCAAUUAUUCCACUCAAGAUAUUGAAACGGCUCGAGCUGCUCAUGCUGAAUUGGCAGCCAUUGCUGCUGCCGAUGGUAAUAUAGAAACUUCAAUUGCUGAAUUAACGGCAACUUUGUCAUUACCUCCGCCACCCUUGUCAAGAAUAGACGAACAUAUCGCCCUUUGGUGUGCAUUAUCCACGGCAAAAGAACGAGCUAAUGAUAUUAUGGGAGCGAUUAAAGCAUGCGAAGAUGCCCAACUAGCUGUGGGCGAUUCUCCCAGGAUAUUAAUGACAAAUGCCUACCUAUUGCUACUCUUAAAUCCAAGAGAGAAUGCUGAUGCAGCAAUUACAAUAUUGAAUAAAAUUGUUACAUUACCAGAAGAUGAAUCAUUGAUCAAUGAAGGCACCGAUUUUUUACCCUGGUAUUUACUAGGAAGAGCUCAUUCAUUUAUGGACCGUCCAAGAUUAGCCUACGAUUCAUACCAAGUUGCAUUGAGAUGUGCAUCAAAUUCACCAAUAACUUGGCUAGCUGUGGGUAAAUUAUAUCUUGAAUUGAAACAAUUACCAGAUGCAUUGGCAGCAUAUUCACAAGCAUUAAAAUUGCAAUUGGACGAUGGGUCACAGGGUACGGCUACGGCAUGGGAUGGAUUAAGCUGUGUUUAUGAACGAUGUGAUGAUCAUUUGAUGGAUGCAUCUGAUGCGUGUGACCGAGCUGGAUUAUGCUAUAAGGCUAUUGGUGAUUUGAAAAAUUACAAUUAUUUCGAGUCAAGAGCCGAACAAUUGGCAAAAGCCGCAAAACAUGCUGGCCCUAUACCUGAAUUGAGACAACCACCUGAUGUACCUAGUUUUUUGUUGAGAGAUUUGGUGGCUUUAGCACCAAAUGAGAGGAUUGCCUAUACUCAAACUCAAAGACAAUCACCGCAGCAAACUCCAGCACAAGUGCAACAACAACAACCUCAGCAACAGCAACAGCAGCAACCACCAAUUAAACAAGAACAAAUUCCAUCAGUGCAUCAGACACCAUCGUUACAACAACAGCAACAGCUUCAUCAGCAACAACCACAAUAUGGGCCACCAGUACCACCACAACAAUCAGUGCCAUUGCAACAGCAACAACAGCAACCACCUCCGCCACAAUAUGGUCUACAACCUCCUUCUCAACAACCGUACCAACAAGUGCCACUGUACCAUCCAUCGCCAUAUCAUGGGCCACCAGUACCAGCUCAUACACAAGCAACACCUCAACAACAACACCAACAACAUCCCCAACAACAUCCCCAACAACAGCAACAGCAGCAUGGGCCACCUCCGCCACAACCAUCACUGCAAUCGCAACCACCGUCACAACAACAAACUCCAUCACAAACGCAAUAUCGCGCUGUGCCACAACAACCACAGUACUAUUACCCACCACCACAAAUAUCACAAUCACAGCAAUACUUUUACCCACCUCCGCCUCAGCAACAGCAGCAACAGCAGCAGCAACAACCCCAACAACCCCAGCAACAGCAACAUCCCUCAUUACCGCACCUUCACCAAAAUCAACCACAACCGCCACCACGACAACAACAACAGCAACAGCAGCAGCAACAGCAACAGCUCUCACCACCACAACUCUCUCAUCCGCAGAUACUUCACGGCGGUGGUGCCCCUCCUCCACUAUCAACAGCUGGGGGAGUGCCACCGCCGCCCCCAGGAACUCAAUACUCUAUGGUUCCGCCAACACCGGGAAGCUUGCCACCACCGCAACAACAACAACAACAAAGCACAAGCCAAGGGCCACCGCCACAUGCUACUUAUGGACUGUAUUUGCCCAUACCUGGAAUUAGCAAUAGCAAUGGCCAACUGCAAUAUGCAUCACCCAAUUGGAGGAGAUAG